CAUCUGACGCACCUGUGAGGAUCCUCUCAGCUCACCUGAAACCCACAGAACACAGACUUUCCUGAACUGAGGGUCUGGUGUGGAGACGUCUGAUGUCCAGGAGAAAACACAAACAGCACAGUCAUGGUCAUUCUACAGCAGGGCGACUAUGUCUGGCUGGACCUGAAGACGGGUGGGGAAUUUGAGGUCCCGAUCGGAGCCGUGGUGAAGCUCUGUGAUUCUGGUCAGAUCCAAGUCCUGGAUGACGAAGGAAGUGAACACUGGAUCUCUCCGCAAAAUGCCCCCAACAUCAAGCCGAUGCACCCCACCUCCAUCCACGGGGUGGAGGACAUGAUUCGACUGGGGGAUCUGAACGAGGCGGGAAUCCUCCGGAACCUUCUCAUCCGCUACAGAGAACAUCUCAUCUAUACGUACACCGGGUCCAUCUUAGUGGCUGUGAACCCGUAUCAGCUGCUGCCCAUCUAUACGGCAGACCAGAUUCGCCUCUACACCAACAAGAAGAUCGGAGAAAUGCCUCCACACAUCUUCGCCAUCGCCGACAACUGCUACUUCAACAUGCAACGCAACAACAAAGACCAGUGCUGCAUCAUAAGUGGUGAGUCUGGAGCAGGAAAAACAGAAAGUACCAAGCUGAUCCUGCAGUUUCUGGCUGCUAUCAGCGGGCAGCACUCCUGGAUCGAGCAGCAGGUGCUGGAGGCCAAUCCCAUCUUAGAAGCCUUUGGGAACGCUAAAACCAUCCGUAACGACAACUCCAGCCGCUUUGGGAAAUACAUCGACAUCCACUUCAACAAAAGAGGAGCCAUAGAGGGAGCAAAGAUCGAGCAGUACCUUCUGGAGAAAUCCAGAGUGUGUCGACAGGCCCGUGAUGAGAGAAACUACCACAUUUUCUACUGUAUGUUGAAAGGAAUGACGCCUGACCAGAAGAAGAAGCUCGGCUUGGGUAAAGCCACAGACUACACCUACCUUACUAUUGGAAACUGCACUGUUUGUGACGGUCGAGAUGAUCAGAAGGAAUAUUCAAACAUCCGCUCGGCCAUGAAGGUCCUCAUGUUCACAGACAAGGAGAACUGGGAGAUUUGCAAGCUGCUAGCCGCUAUUCUGCACAUGGGCAACCUGAACUAUGAGGCUCGCACAUAUGAUAAUUUGGACGCUUGUGAGGUCGUGCGAUGCUCCGAUCUCACCACUGCCGCUGUUUUAUUAGAGGUGGACUUGAAGGACCUGAUGAACUGCUUGACCAGCCGAACCAUAAUAACCCGUGGAGAGACGGUUUCCACUCCUCUGAGUAUUGAGCAGGCGCUGGAUGUGCGAGACGCUUUUGUUAAGGGCAUAUACGGACGCUUGUUUGUGUGGAUUGUUGAGAAAAUCAAUGCAGCCAUUUAUAAGCCUCCGUCCCUGGAGCUCAAAACAGUGCGGAGAUGCAUCGGCCUGCUCGACAUUUUCGGCUUUGAGAACUUCACUGUUAACAGCUUUGAGCAGCUCUGCAUCAACUUUGCCAAUGAAAACCUGCAGCAGUUCUUCGUCCGUCAUGUCUUCAAGCUGGAGCAGGAAGAAUAUAACAUUGAGAACAUAAACUGGCAGCACAUUGAGUUCACAGACAACCAGGACGCUUUGGACAUGAUCGCCAUAAAGCCCAUGAAUAUCAUCUCUCUCAUCGACGAGGAGAGCAAGUUUCCCAAGGGCACAGACACCACCAUGCUGAACAAACUCAACUCUCAACACAAACUCAACACCAACUACAUUCCACCUAAAAACACGUACGAAACACAGUUCGGCAUCCAGCACUUUGCUGGUGUGGUCUGCUAUGAAACCAGAGGUUUUCUGGAGAAGAAUCGAGACACGCUGCACGGUGACAUCAUUCAGCUCGUCCACUCCUCCAAAAACAAGUUCAUCAAGCAGAUCUUUCAGGCGGAUGUUGCUAUGGGGGCGGAGACCAGAAAGCGUUCGCCGACCCUGAGCAGUCAGUUCAAGCGCUCUCUGGAGCUGCUGAUGCGCACGCUGAGCGUCUGUCAGCCGUUCUUCGUCCGCUGCAUCAAACCCAACGAGUUCAAGAAACCCAUGCUCUUCGAUCGUGAGCUGUGUGUGCGGCAGCUGCGGUAUUCUGGGAUGAUGGAAACCAUCCGGAUUCGCCGGGCCGGAUACCCCAUCCGCUACACUUUCGUUGAGUUCGUGGACAGAUACCGUGUUUUGAUGCCUGGAGUGAAACCUGCUUACAAACAGGAGGACCUGAGAGGAACCUGUCAGCGUAUCGCUGAAGCUGUAUUGGGCCGUGAUGAUGACUGGCAGAUGGGAAAGACCAAGAUAUUCUUGAAGGACCAUCAUGACAUGCUGCUGGAAAUCGAGAGAGACAAGGCCAUAACUGAUAAGGUCAUUCUCAUUCAGAAAGUUGUCCGAGGAUUCAAGGACAGAUCCAACUUCCUGAAGAUGAAGAAAUCAGCCAUGUUGAUCCAGAAAACAUGGAGGGGUUAUUACUGUCGGAAGAACUAUGGAGCGAUGCGCGGUGGUUUCUCACGUCUGCAGGCGUUGUAUCGCUCUCGCAAACUCUACCAGACGUACCACAUCGCGCGACAGAGAAUCACUCUUUUCCAGGGCCGCUGCAGAGGACACCUGGUGCGCCGGGCGUUUCGACACCGCCUCUGGGCCGUCAUCACCAUCCAGGCGUAUACGAGGGGCAUGAUCGCCCGCAGACUCUACAAAAGACUUAAAGGAGAGUACCGGCGGCGUUUGGAUGCAGAGAAGAUGCGACUAGCGGAGGAGCAGAAGCUCAGGAAUCAGAUGAGCGCCAGGAAGGCCAAAGAAGAAGCCGAAAAGAAGCAUCAGGAACGACUGGCACAGCUGGCGCGAGAGGACGCUGAGCGCGAGAAGAAGGAGCGAGCGGAGGCGCGAAGGAAAAAGGAGAUGCUGGACCAGAUGGAGAAAGCGCGACAUGAGCCCGUCAACGACUCUGAUAUGGUGGACAAGAUGUUCGGUUUCUUGGGAACCACAAACUCGUUCCCUGGGCAGGAAGGUCAAGCGCCGGCUGGGUUUGAGGACCUGGAGAGAACGCACAGGGAGCUCGAGGAGGAAGACCUGGAUGAAGCUCUUCCUCUCCCAGAGGAUGAUGUGGAAGAUUUGUCGGAGUACAAAUUUGCCAAGUUUUCAGCCACGUAUUUCCAGGGCACGACCACACACACUUAUGUGCGCCGCCCGCUCAAACAGCCCUUACUGUUUCACGAAGACGAGGGAGAUCAGCUGGCGGCUCUGGCCGUGUGGAUCACGAUUCUCCGCUUCAUGGGUGACCUUCCAGAACCCAAAUACCACACGGCCAUCAGCGACGGCAGCGAGAAGAUCCCGGUCAUGACCAAGAUCUACGAGACGCUCGGCAAGAAGACCUACAAGAGAGAGCUGCAGGCUCUGCAGGGAGAAGGAGAGAACUCUCACACUGAAAGUCACAAGAAGAGCAGUGUGCGUCACAAGCUGGUGUCGCUCACCCUGAAGAAGAAGUCCAAGAUUACAGAGGAGGUGGCCAAGCGUCUGAAUGAUGGUGAAUACACAGUCCAUGGAAACAGCAUGCUGGAGGACCGACCCACAUCCAACCUGGAGAAGCUGCACUUCAUCAUCGGCAACGGCAUCCUUCGGCCAGGCCUGAGAGAUGAGAUCUACUGUCAGAUCUGUAAGCAGCUGACCCAGAAUCCCUCUAAAAGCAGUCACGCUCGCGGCUGGAUCCUCAUGUCUCUGUGUGUCGGCUGCUUCGCUCCCUCUGAGAAGUUUGUGAAGGUGAGAAACGCUGGUUAUAUGCUCUUUUUGUUUGUCCCUCUUUAUGUUUUGGAUCUCCAGGGCAUCUACACCCAGAAGAGGGUCGACCCUCAGAAAGUGAAGGAGGAAGUCGUGGAUUUUGCUCGUUAUAAGUGGCCUUUGUUAUUCUCAAGAUUCUAUGAGGCCUUUAAAUUUUCAGGUCCUAGUCUACCCAAGAAUGACGUGAUCGUGGCUGUAAACUGGACUGGUGUUUACUUCGUGGAUGAGCAGGAGCAGGUUCUUCUGGAGCUUUCUUUCCCGGAGAUCACUGCUGUGUCCAGCAGCAAAGGAGGGAAGCAUCAGGCCCAGAGCUUCACUUUGGCCACCAUCAAAGGAGACGAGUACACGUUCACCUCCAGUAACGCAGAGGACAUACGGGACCUGGUGGUCACCUUCCUAGAGGGGCUCAGGAAGAGAUCCAAGUUUGUUGUGGCCUUGCAGGACAACCCCAGUCCAGCCGGCGAUGAUUCAACGUUCCUGAGCUUCCGGAAAGGUGACCUCAUUCUGUUGGACCAGGACACGGGCGAGCAGGUCAUGACAUCCGGCUGGGCUCACGGGAUCAACGACAGAACCAAACAGAGAGGAGAUUUCCCUGCAGACUGUGUUUAUGUGCUGCCCACAGUCGUUAGACCUCCGUCUGAUAUCGUGGCUUUGGUUACCAUGACACCAGACCAACGGCAGGAGUCGAUCCGGAUUUCCCAUGUUCCUGUAAUGGAGACGGAGGAGAGGAUGAAGCCGUACACGCUGGAGGAAUUCUCCUAUGACUACUUCAGGCCUCCUCCCAAACACACGCUCAGUAGAGUGAUGAUCACCAAGAACCGCGGGAGAGACAAACUGUGGUGCUGCACACGAGAGCCCAUCAAACAGGCCCUGCUGAAGAAGUGUGUGGGCCAUGAGGAGCUUUCCCAGGAGGCCUGCAUGGCUUUCGUUGCUAUAAUGAAAUAUAUGGGCGAUUAUCCGUCCAAGCGGACGCGGUCUGUGAAUGAGCUCACAGACCAGAUCUUCGAGACUGCGCUGAAGGCAGAGCCUCUGAAAGAUGAGAUCUACUGCCAGAUCAUCAAACAAAUGACUGAAAACCAUGUCAAGUACAGUGAGGAGAAGGGCUGGGAGUUGCUCUGGUUGUGUGCCGGUCUCUUUCCUCCCAGUAACGUCCUCUUACCGCACGUCCAGAGGUUUCUACAGUCGAAGAAACAUCAUCCGCUGGCUUCUGACUGCAUGCAGAGACUGCAGAAAGCUUUACGGAGCGGUUCCCGCAAGUAUCCGCCGCACCUUGUGGAGGUGGAGGCUAUUCAGCACAAGACCACACAGAUCUUUCACAAAGUCUACUUCCCCGACGACACUGAUGAGGCGUUUGAGGUGGAGUCCAGCACGAAGGCCAAAGACUUCUGUCUGAACAUCUCCGGCAGACUGCUGCUCAAAUCACCCGACGGCUUCAGUCUGUUUGUCAAGAUCUCUGAUAAGGUGAUAAGUGUACCUGAGGGUGAUUUCUUCUUCGACUUUGUCCGCCAUUUGACAGACUGGAUCAAGAAAGCGAGACCCGCUAAAGAUGGUAUAGUGCCUUCAUUGACCUACCAGGUGUUUUUCAUGAAGAAGUUGUGGACGACCACCGUUCCAGGCAAAGAUUCAUUCGCAGACUCCAUCUUCCAUUAUUAUCAGGAACUUCCCAAGUAUCUGCGUGGAUAUCAUAAAUGCUCCAGAGAAGAGGUUUUCCAGCUCGGCGCUCUGAUCUACCGGGUCAAAUUCGAGGAUGACAAAUCCCACUUUCCCAGCAUUCCCAAGAUGCUGAAGGAGCUGAUUCCUCAGGACCUGAUUCGUCAGCUCUCGCCCGACGACUGGAAAAGGUCGAUUGUGGCGUACUUCAACAGACAUGCUGGGAAAUCAAGGGAGGAAGCCAAGCUGAUGUUUCUGAAGAUCAUUUUCAAAUGGCCCACGUUUGGCUCUGCCUUCUUUGAAGUGAAGCAAACCACGGAGCCACACUUCCCUGAGAUCCUGUUGAUAGCCAUCAAUAAAUAUGGAGUCAGUCUGAUCGACCCCAAGAACAAGGAUAUUUUAACCACGUAUCCCUUCACUAAGAUUUCCAACUGGAGCAGCGGGAACACGUACUUCCACAUCACUAUCGGCAACCUGGUUCAGGGCAGCAAGCUUCUGUGCGAGACGUCACUGGGCUACAAAAUGGAUGACCUGUUGACGUCCUACAUCAGCCAGAUGCUGACCACCAUGAGCAAGCAGCGGAAUUCACGCGGCCACAGCAAGUGAACGUUUGAUUGGCGUGAGGCGGCGGAGCUGGUGCGUCUGCUGCGGCCUAUUGGUCGGCCGUGCAGCUGGGGGCGGGCCUUCGCGUCCCAGCUGUGGCGAAUGAGCCGCACCCCCUCUGCCAGCUCCCAGGGCUCCGUGUGUCCCGAUGAAGACUCUUCACCUGCCUCCAGUGAGGAUGACUACCUCUGAGCAAAGCUCCUGUCUCCGUCUCUUGUUAGGAAAUGGCAUGUGAAGAACUGGAUUUAUGUGUUUUUUGUUGGAUGAUUUGCUCUAGAAUAUGUAUUACAUGUUUUAAUGCACAAUUUAGAUACCAUUUACUAAGUUUUGUCAAAUUCAGCCGAGUCGAUUAUGAACUGGAAUGGCUUUGCUACAUGCAUCCUGAAGCAUUAUUUAUGUAGUUAAAAAAGAAAAAUACUUGCAUGAGUUUCUGGAGGGUUGUGAAUGAAUCUUUUUAAUGGCAGCAAAAAAAGAACUUUUAUAAUCGUUCAAAUGUCAGUUUGUGUUCCAUUUGAGAAUUCUGUGAUUUCAAUUUAUUUGAUUCACUUUUUAAAGUUACACUGCAGGCCUUAAUUUAAAAUUUUUAAUUUUUUUUUAAGACUAGUAACCAUUUUU